GCUAUGUGUUUAAUAGGAAACCCUAGUGUUCGGUUGGCUGUGGCACCGAUGUGGUCUAUGCCUAGGGUGAUGGCAGGGUGUGACAGGGAUGCCUCUUUCCUUACUGAUGUCCUCUGCCUCUUAGCACACAGCAAGGCCAAGCUGACAGCAGGAGGAACAGUGCCUUCUGAUCUUGAGUCUCACACCAAUGGCUUAGCAGAGCAGGAGGAAGUGGAGGAAGAGGAGAUAGUGGAUGUAGAGGAGGAUGAGAAUGAGAAAGAGCCUGCACCUGCCCAAGCCCUGAAUGAGGCUCAGGCACUCUUGAAGAAGGUGGAAGGGAAGAGAAAAAGUCUGGAGCAAGAGCUGGACAGAGUAAACACACAGAUUGCAGAGGUGAUGAGUGGCAAUGAAGAGUUGAAGGCAGAGAUCAAGAAGGCACAGGACAAGGCAGAAGAGGUCAACUUAGGUCAUCUGCAGUUUGUCCAGACCCAGGAACACAGAGCAGAUACCUUGACCAAGGAAAUCAACAAGUUCCUCAGCAUGGAGAUGAAGGUGUUGGAGCAGGAGGCAGAGGACCUGAGUGCUGCCCAGCGGAACACCACGGCUGCCCUCGCUUCGGACACCAGGGAGUGGCAUGCCCUCACAGCACACCUCAGGAAGAAGGAGAGAGAGGUGUACCAGGAGCUGUGGAGAGUUGAGGACGAUUCUACAUUACUGGGGGAGAAGAGUGAAUGCUGGCGGAAGGCUGAGGCAACAAGCAGGAGGAUGGGCGAGGAGGAGGGAGACAGCCACCGACAAGCACUCACAGCCCUUGACACCCUGACCCAAGACUUCACGCAGGUCAACGCAAGGGCCGGGAAAGUGUGCCUCUCCCUUGCGUCCCACUGCCUCCUCCCCUCUCAUUCUGUCACCUCUUCCUCUGGCAAUUCUUCUUCCUCUCCUCCUGCCUAAUUUUUUAUAUUUUUUUUUAUUUCUUCUGUAUUUUCCUUUCUUCCUCCUCCUAUUACACUCAUACCUCUUAACGUGCCACAUGUGUUUACUUUCUUCAUUAAUACUUGAUGAAUGUAAAAGGAAAAUAAUGAAUGAAUGUCUCCAGAAGGUUGUCUCUGUGAUAUUGGUCAGCGGCUAAUGUUCUAUACAAUUGUUUGACUUACUAAUGGAUUACUAUUUUUUUAUGUUAUUUGCAUAUUAUCGUUAAGGCGUCAUGUCGUAAAUAAAAGACACUUACAUCUGCUUGUACAUUUUGAUCAUUAUUGUAGAAAAAGAAGUGAGGUGCCUGCAUAUAUACUUCUAACUCAUUCCUAUCUCAUCCCUGUAUGCUAUUUUUCAUUUUUCUAUUUAUCUCCAUCAUCCUUCGAUCCCUCAUUAUCUUUUCUCUCCUUUCUAUUCUUCCCUUCAUAUCUUUCCUUUUUUUCCCUCAUC